CCGACCAGCAUGUCCAUCCUAAGCCAAGCCAAAGUGGAAGUUAGCGGAGUCAUAGGACCUUAUCCUGUAGGAGGUACUCUCGUUCUCACCUGCCAAGCGCGUGGAGGGCGCCCUCCUCCAAAUGUCACCUGGUGGCAUGGAGGGGCACUCCUUGAUGAGGUCAGCGAGCAAGUCACGCCUUCUAUGACCUCUAACACGCUGACCUUGCCGAACCUGAGUCGUCAACAUUUGCACAGGGUCAUUACGUGUCAGGCACAGAAUUCGAAUCUGACGGCGCCACUGCUGUCCGCUGUCACUCUGGAUAUGACGUUCCCGCCCCUUGAAGUGCGCAUCGUGGGCGAAACCACGCCCAUGGUAGAGGGGCGUGCCUACCAGCUGGUGUGCGAGGCGGGAGGUUCACGCCCACCAGCUACUCUAUCGUGGUGGAUAGGCGGUGCUUCCAUCCCUAACGAUAAGGGUCAGGCACAGCAGGGCAGCGGCGACGGCGGCCUGGCCUCGAGCAGCAGCAGCGCCUCCAUCUCAGCCUCGGUCACGCAGCUGGUUCCCGGCCGCCACGUGGUGCGUCACCAGCUGGCUCAGGAAUCCGGGGGGAACGUGAGCAGAUCCGUCCUGCAGCUGGUCGCCAGGAGGGACCAAAACGGAGCCAUCUUGAUGUGUCGGGCCAAGAACCCCCUCCUGCCGCAGGUCGCUCUCGAGGACUCGCUCGUCCUCGACGUCCAUUACCCCCCAAAGCUGAAGCUCCACGCGGGGAAGAACUUGGUCAUGAGUGACAUCAAGGAGGGGGACGACGUGUACUUCGAGUGUGACAUCGAGGCCAACCCGAAGGUGGACCGCGUGAGGUGGUUUCAUGAGGGCGUGGAGGUCCACCACAACGUGACCGCCGGCAUCAUCCAGAGCAACCAGAGCAUCGCCCUCCAAGGGGUCACAAGGUCGUCCUCGGGCCACUACUCCUGCAGCGCCGCCAACCGCCACGGGUCCUCCUCGUCCGCCAAGUUGAUGCUCAAGGUCAAAUUCCGGCCAGUGUGCGCCCCGGACCAGCAGUGGACGUACGGCGGGGGGAGCGACCGCGCCGUGCACGUCCGCUGCCGCGUGAAUGCCCACCCGGAAGCCCACACGUACCGCUGGGCCUUCAACACGUCCACGGAGACGGUGUACAUCCCCCGCAACCGGACGAAGAAGCAAGGCAGGAACACGAGCGUGAUGAGCUACACGCCGGCGUCGCAGCAAGACUACGGCACUCUGCUCUGCUGGGCGCACAACCAGGUCGGGCCGCAGCUGCGACCCUGCGUCUACCUCGUCACUCCCGCAGCGCCCCCGGCCCCCGUGCACAACUGCAGCGUGUGGCACAACGCGAGCGGCGCCGGGGAGGUGGUGGUGGCGUGCCAGCCGGGCUGGGACGGGGGCCUGCCGCAGACGUUCACCCUGGAGGUGCGCAAGACGUCCUCGCCGUCGUCGUCGUCGUCGUCCUCCCCCGGCUCGAGGGCCUCUCCUUCGUCGGCGUCCCUGGGCCUCUCCCUGGCCUCCCUGACCGAGCAGGACGAGCCGCACUUCACGGUGACUGGCCUCUCGCCCGGCACCGAGUACAUCCUGUCGGUGGUGUCGUCGAACAGCCAGGGCGCCGCGCCGCCCACGCACCUGCUGCACUACACGCCCAUCGACGUCGCCGAGAAGAGGCUGAGUGCGCACGUCGGGGAGACGUUCGGGGCGGCCCCGGGCGCGGCGGGGGGCGGCGGCCAGGAGGAGGAAGGGGGCGUGGCCACGUCGACGAUCCUGGGCAUGGUGGGCGGGGCUGUGGGGACGCUGCUGGCCUGCUUCGCGGUGGUGGCGGCCGGGCUGCGCCGCCACCACCGCCACGGCGCGCCCCCGCCGCACCAAGCCGCGCCGCCGCCUGCCGCCGCCACCGCCACGGCCGCGGUGUACAGCAGCAGCGGCCGCAGCGUCAGCACCGUGUUCAGCGCCGAGAGAAGCCACGACGCGGGCGCAGGGCAGGGGGGGCAGGGGGGGAGCGUGUACACGCCCUCGAGCGCGCCGAGGGAGCACGCGGACGAGGGCGGCUUCGAGCAGCUCCGGCCGGACCUCAUCAUGGUCAAGGAAGCAAUCAAAUACAAGAAGAAAAUAAAAUCCAGUGAAAAAUAUAGUCCCUUUGAGGUAUCUGAUAAUUACAACAAAACAAAAACAGAAGCAUAA